CCACCUUCUCCACUAGACACUAAAAUUCAAACAAAAAAUUUUCCAUAUGUUCUGCUCUCUUUCAAAACCCAAAUCUGAAAAAACCCUAACCUCUCCGAGUCUCUCUCUUUUCCCCCACCUUCGUCCAUGUCUCUCCCGCAACUUCUCACGCCUACAACUAACAUUCUUUCUUUUCCAAUUUACUAAGUCUCAACCGUUUGUUUCCUAUGACGAGGCUUGCAACCAGGGAGUGGAAGAUGGGAAAGGAAUUUUGGAUCACGUUGAAGAUGAAUCAUGGGCAAAUCGACAUUGCUUCUUUCUCCGUUCCUCUGUCUAUGGGCCUGCAUUGAGCAAGAAGGAUGUGCAAUCCCUUUCUCAACAACUAGACUUGGAGAUCAUUGAUCAUACUCAUACAAUUCAAAGUUGCAGAAGUCCUGGCCCACAAAUUACCAUCUCAUCUGGAUUCGGGAGAUGAAUGUUGGAAAUAGAAUAGGCUGAUGAAGGCUAAAGAACCAAUUUGAGGUAGAUUUGCAGAUCAAUCACCGAAUGGUUCAGAUGAUUUCUUUUUCAAGAUUCAUUUGAUUUUGAGUAGAUUCAAAGGCUAUACUUAUAGUAAUAAAUACACAGUACCCCACUUUUCAUAGUGAUCAUGUUAGACUAAGAUUUUUUUUAUCAACCUCUACAUGUGGCUUAUGCCAAGAAGUGAAAGCAGGUUCCAUUUGGGGACUUUUGUGAAGGAUGGAUGGACCUAAACUUAAGCAUUUUUUUUUUUACUGAAAUUGAUUAAUGGAGACUUGAAUUUGCCCUAUUUUGCCAAGCAACAACAUAAAAUAUUAUGCAAGGUUUGUCAACUCAUCAAUCUAUCCUAAACAAAAUACUGUGUGAUGGAAGUGGAUUGUGACAACUCGCUCUUUGGGAUGGAGUUAAGGAUUUUUUUUAUUCCCUCAUUCAUCAUUAUUUUAGCAUAUUUGUGAUUCAUUCUUAAGUUGUUUCCUUUCCUUUUUAUUUGAGUUUGUCAAUGUGUUCAUUCUUAAAUAUUUUGGCAUGCCUUAAAACUACCUCUAAGGGAACAUGUUCAUACCCUGGAUUGUGGUAAUAAAAAAAAAGGGUCUAUCUUGGUGUAUGAUGGUAAAAAAUGAAAGGAUGUUCUUGUAGCCCUAAAAUGAUCUUUUAUUCACAACUAAUGGAGUUUUAUUUUGAGUGUUGUGAGAAAAUGGACUUGUUUCAAUUUUAAAACAGGUAAAAAAAUGAAAGGAUGUCAACUCUUACCUUGUUGGAUAAGUAACGAGCCUUGCCUUCUUGCCUUGCUACACCUUUUGGAUGCAUCAUGCAUGUUCAUUGUGUGUGUAGACCCAUGAGUUUGAAAUUGAUGUAUGAGUUCUACCUUUUAGGUUAUAUUCUAUAGCUAAAGGAAAUGGCUUUUAUGAGUUCUACACUUUAGGUUAACUUCUAUGGCAAAGAAGGUAUUGUAGCAUUUCUUUAAGUGAUAGUGGGAUCUUUUAUCAAACAUGUUGAUUAUCAAUUGUGGGAUCUUACAUUAUUUAUUAACAUCUUUUUCUCCAAGAAAAAGAAAAUAUUGGUGUGGAUACCAUUUGAUUAAGUUGUAGGUAUUGCAAAUACUACUAAUGCAUGAUCCCUUUAUGGAGACCACUUAUUUUCUAUUUAAUAUAAUUUUAGUUAUAUCCAAAUAUCUAAUGAGUUAACUUUUCAAUAUAACUUUAGUUAUAUCUCAAUAUCUAAGUAGUUAAUUUUUUGUCGAUUAUUAACAUGUGUAGUUACUUUCUAGGAGUCAUGGUUUUGAAAUUGAGUUAAUUUUAAACCAAUAUUUCAUGUCUCAAAGUUAAAACAUUCUUUUAUGUGUUUGUAGGGAAUUUGAGUAUUAACUAUUGAGUAUAAAUUUUAUGCCUAAAUGGCCUUGCAAGAAAGUUUAGCUAAAUUCAAGAAGCAACAAGAGAAAAGUCGAUUGACUUUCACCAGCAUUGCAGCCAAACCAAGAUCCCCUGAGCCUAGAGUGCCUUGAGAUGCAUGUCGAAGCAGUUGAGCCUAGUGAUCAUGCUUUGGUAGUUGAUGAUCUAAUUGCUACUGGUAGCAGUCUUUGUGCAGCCAUGAAUUUGCUUGUUAAUCAUUUUGUAAAAGUUUGAAUGCUAGCUGUAUAUUCAAAUAUUUUGAUCCACUUGAUUCCUACGUCAUCAUGGUCGAAAAAAAUAUGUGAUAUAAAAUGAUUUAUUUUAAAUUUUA